UGAAAGGACAACGAACAAACUUCACUGAGGCCUAGUAAAUGAUUACACACAGCCAGAGCCGCCGGCUGCUCGCUCACUCUCAGCAUUGCUGACGGCAAAGGAAGAAAAGACGGUGAAAACACGAAGGAAAUUUUUUUAACUUCCUUUAUAAUAUCAAGGAGAUAUUUGGGAUCAAGAAAAUCCUCUCAGUUGCACAAAAUCAAAAAUGGCAUAUAAUUGGCCAAGAGACCCAAAUGACAUUGACCCACAGGAAGAUGGAUAUGAUCAACAAUACUUUCGCCAUGCAAAUCAGUGCCUUUCUUCCCACCAGGUCAAACUGGGCUUUGAUGAGCUAGUGGAAGAGAUCAAGAAUAAAAACCCACUGUGUGAGAGUGACAAAGAAGAAAGCCCCCUUUUCAUGCUAGGUACACCAAACUUGGCUUCAAAAUGUCAAUCCAUCCAUGGAGCACACCCAAGACACUUGAAUGAAUUCACUUCUCAGAACCCUGACUUCUCCCACUUUCAGUAUGGAAAAACAUCAGCCAUUGGUUUUAAUCCCACUGUAUUAUCUACUCAUCAGAUCACAGAUGAGGGAGACUCCUGGAGAAAUCCCACAGAAACAUAUCACAGUGCUAAGGAUCCCAGGUUUAAUACACUAACUCAAUCAUCUACCGGCCUGGAUAAUCAUAAUUUACAAAGACAACCAGGAAAUGAACAUCAUAACUGCCAUAGAGAACUUGAAAGCAGCGUCCACCCUCAUUUUUCACUAUACUCAAUGGACUCCAUACUCAAUAGAGACAACAAAGGAAAUGGAGAUGUGAGCCUCGUGGAACCUUCUCUGAUGUCCCCUAACGACCCCUUUCUACCCGGGUCAUGGGAGAGCACAUCGCUGGAAAAUGUGGAGACAGUUGGUUGUCCCAUUCAAAUAGUUGAAAUAUCUCAAGGGAGUAGCAAGAGCCUGGCCUCAUUUUGUGACAAAGUAAGAAAAAUAAGAGAAUCAUAUAGUGCAAGUGAUGUUAAUUCCAAUUCUGGAAAGAUCUGGGCAAUCACUACGGUUUACCCAUCCCAACUCUUCAAGGGCACCAAGUUUAGAGUAAAUGUUUCUAUUAAUGCGGCACAGACGCUUCAUCUUCUGCCACAAGCUAAUUAUCUUGUCAAAGACCUAAUUGCUGAAAUUCUGCUUUUAUGUGCAAAUGAGCAGCUUUUCCCCAAUGAGUAUCUUCUAAGAGUAUGUGGCUCUGAAGAAUUUUUACAGAUGGAUCACUGUUUAGGGAGCCACAAAAUAUUCCAGAAAAGUAAAUCUGUUUUUCAACUUCAUCUUCAGAAAAACAGAGACGUCCCAGGAAAGUUCUGUCGGAAGAGUGAAGAUGACCACAGUCUGUUUCAUCUGAAUCAGCUCCUAGAAUUUACACAUAUUUGGAAAAUAUCCAGACAAUGCCUUUCCACGGUAGUAAAGAAAUACAGCUUCCAUGUCAAAGAGCUGCUGGAAAAUCAGGAGGAUCUGGAGGAGAAGCAUUUGUCAUCUGUGUUUUCCAGUGCUCCCAAUCCUAUCCAGACACAUGUGAACAAUAUUAUUGAAGAAGUUAAAAAUAUAUGCCGUGUUCUGGGCUUUGUUGAAACCAAGCAGGUUUCAGAUGCAGUGAAAAAUCUAAAUCUACUUCAGAAGAGACAACCGCAGAAUUUUCAUGAGAAAUCAGAAACUUCAAAAAAAGGCUUCAUGGAGAAAGCGACAGCUGAGCUAUCAAGGGCCAUCUACCAGCUCAUUGAAGUGUACUGCAGCAGCUUCUCCACAGAUUUCCAGCCUGGGCAUCCACCUGGAGGUGCCUCCAGCAACCACGCUGGGCUCCAUUCCCACCUGAGCUUCACAGUGUGCAGCCUGCACAAUGUUCCAGAGACUUGGGCACACGGCUACAAAGCAUUUUCGUUUUCCUGCUGGCUCACAUAUGCUGGGAAGAAGCUGUGCCAAGUGAAAAGCUGCAGAUCCGUGCCAGUCACAAAAUCAUUCUUUCUUCUGGUCAACUGGAAUGAAAUAAUCAAUUUUCCUCUUGAGAUAAAGUCACUUCCAAGAGAAUCCAUGCUUAUUAUAAAAGUGUUUGGGAUUGACUCCGCCACCCACAGUGCAAAUCUGCUGGCCUGGACCUGCCUUCCACUGUUCCCAAAAGAAAAGUCUAUGAUGGGGUCUAGGCUAUUCAGCAUGACAUUUCAGAGUGAGCCUCCCACAGAAAUGAUAGCUCCAGGAGUAUGGGAUGGGAGCCAGCCUUCCCCACUGACCCUGCAGAUAGAUUUUCCAGCUGUUGGGUGGGAGUAUGUGAAACCUGAUUCUGAGGAGAACCGAACUGACGUUGAAGGACCACCAAGAGAGUGUUUAAAACACAUCGCCAGACUGUCCAGGAAGCAGACUCCUUUGCUACUUUCUGGGGAAAAGAGAAGAUACCUGUGGUUUUAUCGUUUCUACUGUGAUAAUGAAAAUUCCUCCCUCCCUCUGGUUUUGGGUAGUGCCCCUGGAUGGGACGAAGGGACAGUUUCUGAAAUGCAUGCCAUCUUGAGAAGGUGGACAUUUUCUCACCCACUGGAAGCACUUGGUCUUUUGACUUCCAGUUUUCCAGACCAAGACAUUCGUGAAGUGGCCGUUCAACAGUUAGACAGGCUCUUGACUGGUGAACUGCUGGAGUGCCUCCCACAGCUGGUUCAGGCUGUCAAGUUUGAGUGGAAUCUUGAAAGUCCCUUGGUAGAACUCCUGCUCCGUCGUUCCUUGCAAAGCAUCCGGGUGGCCCACCGUCUCUACUGGCUGCUGAGAGAUGCACAAGGUGAAGCCUUCUUUCAAAGCUGGUAUCAGAAGCUGUCGGCCGCUCUCCAGUUCUGUGUAGGAGAAGCCCUGAACAAUGAGUUUUCCAAGGAGCAGAAACUUGUCAAACUUCUGGGUGAUAUCGGAGAGAAAGUCAAGUCGGCCAGUGACUCUCAGAGAAAGGAUGUUCUAAAGAAAGAGAUUGGCAGUCUAGAAGAAUUCUUUAAAGAUAUAAAGACUUGUCAUCUUCCUCUGGACCCGGCACUGUGCAUAAAAGGAAUCGAUCGUGAUGCAUGCUCAUAUUUCACAUCUAAUGCUUUGCCAUUGAAGAUCACUUUCAUCAACGCUGAUCCAAUGGGUGAAAACAUCGGUGUUAUUUUUAAGGCCGGGGAUGAUCUUCGGCAGGAUAUGCUUGUUCUGCAGAUUAUUCAAGUGAUGGACAACAUUUGGCUGCAGGAGGGCCUCGAUAUGCAAAUGAUCAUUUAUAGCUGUCUGUCUACAGGAAAAGCCCAAGGAUUGAUAGAGAUGGUGCCAGAUGCCAUAACACUUGCCAAGAUCCAUCUCCACUCUGGGCUCAUAGGACCAUUGAAAGAAAACACCAUCAAGAAGUGGUUCAGUCAGCACAACCACUUAAAGGAAGAUUAUGAAAAGGCCUUGAGGAACUUUUUUUACUCUUGUGCUGGCUGGUGUGUGGUAACGUUCAUCUUGGGAGUCUGUGACCGACAUAAUGACAAUAUCAUGCUGACAAAGUCAGGCCACAUGUUUCAUAUUGACUUUGGAAAAUUCUUGGGUCAUGCACAAACAUUUGGCGGUAUAAAAAGGGACCGAGCCCCUUUCAUUUUUACUUCAGAGAUGGAGUAUUUUAUUACCGAGGGUGGAAAAAAUACACAGCAUUUUCAAGACUUUGUGGAGCUUUGCUGCAGAGCUUAUAACAUUGUCAGGAAACACAGCCAGCUGAUCCUGAGCCUUCUGGAAAUGAUGCUACACGCAGGACUGCCUGAGCUAAGUGGAACUGAAGACCUGAAAUAUGUGUAUAACAAUCUGCGUCCACAAGACACAGACCUGGAGGCCACAAGUCAUUUUACCAAGAAAAUAAAGGAAAGUUUGGAGUGUUUCCCAGUUAAACUGAAUAACCUGAUCCACACUCUUGCACAGAUGCCAGCCAUAAGCCUUGCCAAACCAACUCCUCAGACUCUUUCCCAGGAAUCCUACAACCUGCAUAAAACCAGGACAAUUCAGAGAGUCACAAUAUUAGGGCUCAGCAAGACACACAACCACCUGUACCUGAUCGAGGUGACCCUCAGUGACAAGAGGAAAAGCCUGACCCAAAAGUCAUUCGAGCAGUUUUCCAGACUUCACAGCCAAAUUCAGAAGCAAUUCUCGUCGCUGCCUCUCCCAGAGUUUCCUCACUGGUGGCACUUACCGUUCACAGAUUCGGAUCACAAGAGAAUCAGAGAUCUAAGUCAUUACGUGGAACAGAUGCUGAGCCGGUCUUACGAAGUCGCGAAUAGUGAUUGUGUACUUAGCUUUUUUCUCUCUGAACAUAUGCAACCAACAAUUGAAGACUCUCAACUUCUGGGUCUAGGUGAGAAAUAUUCAGACAAUAACCCUAAAGUACAGUUACUGAUGACAUACGAGGACUCGAAGCUCACCAUCCUGGUGAAACACAUGAAAAAUAUCCAUCUUCCAGAUGGCUCUGUGCCCAGUGCCCAUGUUGAGAUGUAUCUUUUACCACAUCCCAGUGAAGUUCGCAAGAGGAAAACAAAGUCUGUUCCAAAAUGCACUGACCCCACUUACAAUGAAAUUAGGGAGUCCUAGUUCAAGGAGUCCGUCCAGUGGCAGAGGCACAGCCCUUCUAUUACCAAAGCUUUGGUUCAGGGACCGGCUUGUCUGUUUGACACUUCCCAGCAUGCAUCUCAGCAGGUUUUGUCAGAAGUCUCUGUGAAGUCCUCCUUUGUAUGGAAAUCCCAUGGUGCAUCUGGUUCAGGAGCAGGCUGCUUAGGGCACCAUCCUGACAGCUUUGAGAAACAGAGUUGUGUGUGAUUCCAGCCCUUAUACCAUUGUUCUUUGUGCUCAGUUGCUUCUAACAUCUGAUUAAAAACUGUCAUUGUUAAAGGAUUCAUAAUGAAGGUAGAAUUUCUACCCUGUAACAGAAUAACAUGGUUGUAGUCAAUGUGUUCCUACACUGUCCUGUUUGGGGAGUAUUAUCAGAAACAUUCUAAAGGAAAUGCUAGAAAGGAGAGGACACGCAUGUUACAUACUUUUUUUACUUACAGCUCUCUUACAAAGUACCUAAAAGAUGGUGAGGGUAAAAGGAUAGUGCUCUAGGUCCAGUCAGCAAGCCAGAACCAUUCAUUCAUCAUUGUCAUUCUCUCUGUCUCCUCUCUCUCUCUUUCUCUCUCUCUCUCUUUCUUUUUCUCUCAGUGUGUGUCUGUUUCUCUGUCUCUGUCUGUCUGUCUGUGCGUAUACACAUGUGUACUUAUGUGCAUGCACAUCUGUAUGUAUGUAUGUAUGUAUCUUUCAAGUCAUCUGCUGGAUGAGAUUGCUUGUUCAUUUCCUGGUUGCUCAGACUCCAGAAAUAAUCACACAGAAAUCUGUUAAUUGCAAUACUGUUUGGCCAAUAGCUUAAGUGUAUUGUAUUUCUAGCUAGCUCUUACAUCUUAAAUCAACCCAUCUCUAUUAAUCUGUGAUCACCACAAGGUUAUGGCCUACGAAACAGCUUUAUUCAUUAACCAAUAAAGAGCAAUACAUAUAUAGAAAGACCUCACACACCAGACACCACUGCAUCCCAUUACACCUAGUUUUUCUUCACAUAGAUUCUGAGGACCGAACUCAGGUCUUUGUCUUGGCUGCUGAGCUAUCUCCCCAGCCCCAACUCUUCUGAUGCUCACAAGAUGAGAAAAGUUGUUUGUCACAUUCUUCAAGUUUUAGAGGAUUGGUCCAGCGUAAGACAGGGCUCCCCUAAAUUACUGUCACCUGCAACUCUGCAGUUACCUUCACAAGAAGACAAAGGUCACCAAAGAAUAAUGUUUCAGGAUAUAUCUUUUCAUUAAAUGGCAGGUGCCUACAUAAGUAAAUGAUAUUGAGGCCCAGACAACAUACAACUUAUUCAGUCUCAGAUGUGACUGAUCCCAAAGCCCACAUCCACUCCACCAUAGGACACUGUAUCCCCUCACACUUCUUUGCUCUCAGGGGUGCUGAGCUGGCUCUCCUCCCUGAUAGUCUUCCCACUAGCACAGACACACUGAUCUCCUUUUUAUUCCUCUCCCACCAGAAUCAUGAAAAGGCACUUUACCAUUAUUUAUUAGGCCCUUGUGUCAAAUAAUGUCAGUGAAUGCCUUUAUAUGAAUUAAUAGAAACUCAUUACACUCAAAGAUUUCUAUUUGAGGUGCUAAUUCCAAGCCCACAAAUUCUGUAUUUGUCAGAGUAACUGAAGACUUGCCUCAUGCUUAUGGGUAAAAAAAAGUAUGUAUAUACUAUAAAACUUAAUUAAAAGAAAUAUAUACUGUUUAUUCAAUUUAUAUCAAGACAUAUUAAGUCAUUUGGUGAAAACAUCAUAAGAACAGGCAUGACCACCAACUAUUCAUUACAUGGUAGAAGAGUAUUUUGAAAAUCAGCACUGUGGGUACUCAGAAAAGUUAAAAGCUAUAUACCAUCAGUGCUAUAACUUUGGUCACUUUAAGGGAAUUAUUUGCAUUACUGAACUUAAAAUCUACCAAGUAACCUAAGUUUUGUAUGUCCUAGGGUUUACAUUUGGUGCAGAAAAUAGCAAAUUUCAAAAUUGCUUCCUGAGACUUCCUACUUUCUGGUGCAUGAGGGAAUCACUUCUGUCUGGAAGAAUAUUCUUUAGCCAAGUGAUGCCCAAAAAUAUCCCUCUUUUAGUGUAUUUGAUAGGUAUUUUAAGUUUAUUUAUGAGUGUUGAAUAUUUGGCAUAAGGCUUGCAUUAUUCAUUCAUCAAUUAUUUUCUACAGUGCUUACAGGCUAGUGUUAUUAUUAACACAUGCAAAGGUUCACAGUUGAUGAGAGAUUCAUGUGAACAUAACUUAUUGCUAUAUUUUGUUGAAAAAUUCCCUUUUUAGAAUUGACUUUUACGAUUCACAGAGUUCUUGAGCCAUUCCUUUCCGGGGACCCGCUGCCUGGAAUGGCAGCACUUUCCUUGUUCUAAAGGACCUGCAUCUGUUCUCUCUGUGGACAGACGAGGAAUUCACUAUUGAAAUGUUACAGAAAAGAAUGGGGAGAAGAAGUCAGAAAGUUGAAGGGGGCCAUUGUGGAAGGAAUAAGGGGCCAUUUACCCUGAAGUUCUAGAUGGAUUUCUGGGCAGCACUGAGCAUCCAGCUACAGUGGAAGAACAUGAGUUACAGGGAUGUUUGAAGCUCGUGAAUGAAUUUAAAAGCUAAGAACAUCUGCAAUUGAUUUAAAACUUAAAUAUGUGUACAACCCACAUGUCUAGUCAUGAUCACAUUUAUUGAGAGAACUGGUGAGAUCCAGCCAUGUGCAAUAAUUUUUCUAUCAAGAAACUAAGGUUUUCUAUUAGAUUUUUUUCUUUAAUAAUUCCAUGCAUGGAUAUAGUGCCUUUCAUUACUCUGGUCUUUCACCUAUCUUAAUUCCUUCC